AACACACUGCAGGCAAGAGGAAACCGACUUGGCCAAACCAUGCAAGGGUGAGCAAUAUCAGGACAACACAAAACUCCUUGGCACGCGCUACAAGAUCGCUGGACUGGAGAAUUCCCAGUCCCAGUAGGAAAUGGAAUUCAAUACAACUUGGUAGAAACUAGGGGAAUCAGCUGGAUGCUGGUCAGGUUAUGCAAAGGAGUGCGGAGACUGCAUGAGAAGCUGCAUGCACGCACGAGACGAGAUGCUCAUGCUCCUGCUCGUGAUGCCGCUCAUGUGAUCAUGAUGCUUCCCGUGUGAGCAUGAUGCUGCCCAUGUGAACAUGAUGCUGCUCAUGAGCACAAUCAUACAGCUUCAGGGCAGUUGCUGUUGCAGCUGCUGCGAGCGAUGCCGUUGGUGGUGUCAGAAUUCGCAGGUUGCGGCCCCGGUGUCCGCAAUAAAGCCCUGUGGCCGGCUGUGGUCGGUCCUGGGCCAAAGUACUGUGGAACCGCUACACGAAGUUGAUCCAUUAGGGAAGCUAACGCUGUGUUGUAACGAGGUGUUGUGUUGCAACGAGGUGCUGUGUUGUAACGAGGUGCUGUGUUGUAACGAGGUGACGUGUUGUAACGAGGUGUUGUGUUGCAACCAGGUGCCCGAGGAUUGCUUGGUGAAGUGAAAUGUCCUGGUGGUUCUAGACGAGUCAUACCGGUACCACGAGCCAUGGCGAGGCUGUUAAACUAAGCCAGGUACGACCUAAGUGGUCGGACUUUUCUGGCUGAACUGAACGUUCUCAAUGUUCUCUCUUCCCUGGUUUCUCAGUCCAUCCGUUUUUUCUCCAUCUUCCAACCCUAAUCUUACCCGUACGUUCCACCGUCCCUUAGAUCUCAACCAGCUUAUAUCUGUCCUAGUAUUUCGCCAAAAACUUCGCCUUAUGACCGACUUUCCGUGCGUCGACGUCGGUGCAGCGGCGAACCACUCUUACAUUCUCCCCUGUGGUUUGCCGGCUGCAAACCUUAGAUCCACGAACCUCUUCAACCCUGUCAACUUCUCCUGGUGCUCUCCCUUCAUACUUCCUUAUUUCUGUCCAUCACUCCCCUGCAAGUCCGCCAAGGUACGGAUCCCAACCAAGUACUUGGAGUGCUCGAAAUUCGCCGUUGGAAGCACCUUCGUGAGAAAAUUGGCUGCUUGUUCCUCUGUACUCAAUCGUUCGCUGCAUCUCCUUCCAUUUCCGACCUUCGGAUUGAAGGACGUUCUGUCCUAAGAAGCUAGUAGCGUGGGCGACAUCAACCUGUGUGCAAGAUAUGGGAUACAUCACCAAGCCCACCCGUUGCUGGUUCAUCCCAAGGAAUAGCGUGGCCCUGGGGAGUUGCUUCACCUGGAAGACGGCGGCAAGGUGAGUGCACACCUCCUCCACUUUGUCCUCGAGUGCACCAGCAACGAGAAUGUCGUCAACGUAAAGGAGGAGAUAGACUUUCUCCUGUCCUUCACCUUUCCAGAAAAAAGCUCUAUUGCAUGUACUUUUAUGGAAUCCUCCUUCCAUCAGCCUUGUGUCCAUGGUCUUGUACCAUUCGCGAGGGCUUUGUUUGAGCCUAUAAAGGGUCUUGAGUAGCUUGAGUAAGCAUUCUUGAUGUCUAGCUGAAUCAUGAAGUAGUUCCUUGCAGCGACCACCUUGAAGAGUGCCCUUGCUGUAGUUAACUUGCUGACAGGUGCGUAUGUCUCAUUGUAGUCGAGUCGUUCCACUUGCGUGUAUCCUUUCGUCACCAAUCUUGCUUUGAAACGCUCCAGCUGUCCGAAGUCCCCUGUGUAUUUUUCCCUCCUUGCCUUGGAGACGAGCGCUGUCGUCAUCGUGGCGAGUAGCAAAUGCGUGUGUACGUCCUUGCAGCACGUCAUUAGAAGAAGUGCAUAUUUUGGAUUCGGCUUCUUAGUCCGCAUUCCUCUGCCCAAUUCGUUUCCAACAACCGAUGCUCCACUUGCACUAUUGUCUGCUGCCCCUUCUCCUUUCUCUAUUGUCGGAUCUUCAUCCUCUUUCCCAAUCAGAAUUGCGCCAUCUUCUAGCAAGGUGUCAAUCACUUCGGCCCCUUUGUCGUUGCUACUGAUCUCCAACAGCUCCCAUGGAUCGCUGAUUCCUUUAAUGUUUGCUUUGUACUCGUCAUUCUCAGCUUCAUUCCCUUGCUGUCCAGCGUCUUCCUUAGCUGCCUGUGCUUGAAAUAGUGGAGAGUCAAGCCCUGCAUCAUUGUCUUCAGAGGUAGGUGUUGUCUCAUUUGGCUCCCACUCCCAAUCCAUCAUCAUGUGAGACUGGUCAUCUUCAUCCAGUUCCUCUUCUUCGCUUGAUGUGUCCAAUCCUUCGUUGUGGUUGUCAUCCAACAGCUCUUCCACUCAUUGGGGUGUAACGGGCAAUGCUCCAGCAGUUCUUGUUGUUGUUGUCUUGUUUUAUCCCUUCCAGUCCACGUAAUUGAGGUCUUCGUAGAAAACAACAUCUCUGGUUGCCGUUACAACUCCCGUCCCUGCGUCUUUGAUUAUCCACCAUUUGCUCUCCGGGCAUAUGCCCAAGUGAACACCCCACUGGGCCCUUGGCAUAAGCUUGUUUUCAGUUCCCCCUGGUGAUUUGUACUGCGUCAUACAGCCCCAUACUUGAAGAAAUUCCAGGUUCAGCUUUCUUUUGUAGAACGCCUCAUGAGGAGUCGUGCUUGCUGCAAGUCCUUUACUCGGUAGGCGAUUUUUCAGCCAGCAUGCCCUGCCCAAGGCAUCUCACCAGUAUGCCAAGGGCAGUUUGCUUUCCACCAUCAUACUCCUUAUGCUAUUAAGGCGUGUCCGAUUCACCCUUUCUGCAACACUGUUGUGCUGCGGGGUAUGAGGAAUAAUUCGCUGCCGCCGGAUCCCUUUGGCUUUCAAGUAGUUAGUGAAGUCCUUGUUGAUGAACUCCCCUCCAUUGUCAGUUCGGAGAACUUUCAGCAGUUUGCCAAUUUGUCGUUCAGCUUCCGCCAACCAGUCAACGAAACUCGGGAACACUUGAGUCUUGUCUUUCAGUUCAGUCACCCAAGUGUGACGUGUGCCGAGAUCCGUAAAUGUAAUGAAAUAUUUGCUGCCAUGUCGUGAUGCCACCCGCAUAGGUCCGCACACGUCAGCAGCCACAAUAUCCAUGGCACUAUAGGGCUUCUUCGGUUCAUGCUUUGGAUGUGGCGCCUUUGUAGCUUUCCCCUCAAUGCAUGAGCUGCACUGCAUCUUGUUCUCCUCCCCAGCUUUGAGCUUGACCCCUGCUGCCAUGUUUUUUUUUUAUCAUGUCCUUGAGGUGUUGUAUGCUGGCAUGCCCCAUCCUCUUGUGCAGCAGACUGAUGUCAAUUGCUUCCACUGCUGCAGCCAUGGGGAAGAAUUGCAGGUUUUUCGAGCUCCACAUCUGCUGCCAUUGCCUCCCUCCGUUUGAGGUCAGACCGAACCAGCUCCAGUGCUUGAAGAAUCUCAAGCAGCUUGGACAUAUUCGCAGGUGCAUUGCAGGUGGAGGAACUUCUUCUUCUGUCUCCUCAUUAGGAUGGUAGAGCGGCCAGAGCUCCACCUCUCUUGCUCGCCGGAUAAACUCGAGGCGCCAUGUCGAGUAGUUAACCCCACUGAAGCGAUGUGCCUCACUAAGGCCAAUUGUUGGUUUGGCCACGAUAUGCCCAUGCGUUAGGGCAUCCAAUAGGGCUUGCACUUGAGGGCCUCCUGCACUCACAAUGGAGCCCGUACUCGCCUCAUCAUGCUCGUCAGGCAUGAUGCAGGGACGUCUCUAGCCCUUCUUGGAGACUUAAUGGAAACCAAGCUCUGAGACCACUUGUUAGACUUGGGGAGCGAGAGCCUCUGGCUAUUCGCUAGGUCCCCAAGAACGCAGCGGAAAAACCAAACUUGAUAUGAGAAGUGCAGGAGAGCCAAGUGCUUUUCAGCUCAGAGUUCAACC